UUUCUAUAAAAAUUGCCAAACUUUUGUCACUCGAGCCAUGCAUGGUUUUCGAUGGAAGUUUUGGAGCAAUUUUGAAAAUAUUGUUCAUUUAUAAUUGUUAAAUUAAUAGUUUUAAAUAGUUUGUAUGUAAAGAUGAUCUAUUCAACAUUUUAAAUAAUACAUGUAACUCACCAGUCACGACAAAUACAGGAAAAAACAGUUGUCACUUCUCCAAAUACCUAAUUAUAGAAGCAUAUUUUUCAAAUAAUGAAGCAAAUUUAUAUAAAGGUUAUGCAUUUAAUCCGUAUACAGGGCCUUUAAAAAACAAUUUUUAUUCAUAUAGUACUAGUCUAAAAAUUAUAAAUGGAAAAAAAAAGAUUUUGUUUUGUGUCACUAGAAUUGUCGUCAUUACCGCAACUUAAUUAAUAUUUUUUUCCAGUGGUAUAUAUGGUUUAUUGUAACCUUUGUUUUAUGACGUAUGCAAAAGCUUGUUUGGGCGCGAACGUUUUAACAACAGACGAGGCCGCGAAUUCAUGAGCUGAAAUAAUUAAAAGGCAUAGGAAGUAUGGCGUUGACAAGCGGCGAAAGAUCGGCGCUAUGGCGCAAAAGACAGAGAAAUGAUACAGAAAAACACGAAAAGUACAAGCAAAAAGAAAGAGAGCGAUAUUUGAAAAGGAAGGAAAGGGGCAAUAUAAAAUUAGUUCACGACAUGUCCGAAAGAGAAAAAGAUCAAAGCGACGUGCAUGGAAGAUUAGCAGUAAAACCUACAGAGAUCGAACGAAAAAGAUCACGGCGGCAUUGAAAUUAACCAUGACACCCCCGAAUUCCCCACCAGACAAUGGACCAGGGCCAAGCCGAGAGAUACAGAACAGGGACAGAGGCCGAAGAAAAAAGAAUUUAAAUAGAUCAAAAGCAUACAGAGAACAGUUUAAAUUAAGAAUAGCACUCAACAAAGAAAGACGCAUGAAAGAUAUGUACAAGAAGAGGUACUACAGGUUAAAAAACAAGAACAUUAAGCGCACUGAAAGUCAAAUUGAUAAUGAAGUGGAAAUAAUAAUGAACGAUAGAGCGAAGACAAAGACCGCCAUUACCAUGUACUCGAUACUUAUAAAUAACAUAAGAAAGAGGUAUUCAAAUGCUGAAACCGCCGAAAAGAGAAUGCUAAAAAAAUUGAUAUAUAGGGAAGCAGUAUUACGCAAAUACGGGAUAGGGGAUUUUGCCAAAAAAGCAACCGGGAUUUCAGAGAGUAGAAUACGGGUGCACGCAAACACACCACGAAGACAGAGAAGCACAGUUUUCCAGAAAAACAUAAGAGACUUCUUUGAAAGAGAUGAUAACUCGAGAAUCAAGGCCGGAAAGAAAUCAACCAUCACAAGAAGAAAAGUGAAAAAGCAGAUUCGAUUAAUGAAUGAUAGUUUAACAAACUUGCACAAGAAAUUUCUUUAUGAAAACAGCUCCAACAUCAGUUUUAGUCUUUUUGCAAGGUUGAAGCCUUUUUGGAUAAAACGAGCCACUGAGAAAGACCGCGAAACUUGUUUGUGCAAAAUUCAUGAAAAUCCCAUAUUAAAAUUAAAUAAACUUGCAAGUGAAGGUGUGUUCGAACACCGCGAUCUGAACACCUUAAUACAAGAUAUCACGUGCGAUACAAACUCAAUGUCCUGCAUGUACCGCACGUGCACAGAGUGCAAGGACAAAGCAUUUAAAACUAAUGUCGUGAAGAGUAACAUAAAUACUGGAAAAAUCAUUGAAUGGAAAAUGUGGAAGAACAAAAGAAUUGAAAGAGAAAUAACCCUGAAUGGCGAAAAGCAAGUUAAGAAAUCAAACAUGACUUUAAAAAGCCAAGAAAGUGGGACUAUAGAAACGCUCAUUUAUGAAUUGCAUGAGGAGAUUUCACGACUUGCAAGACAUGAAUUUAACAUUAAGCACCAGUAUAUAAGGCUCCAUCAACUGAAACAAAAUUUAACAGAUAACGAGGUUAUCAUACAUAUUGAUUUCUCAGAGAACUAUCAAUGUAAAUAUGCAUCUGAGAUUCAGAGUGUACAUUUCGGUUCGUCAAAACGCCAAAUUUCUAUUCACACCGGUGUCGCCUAUUUCAAAUCCAAGCAUAUAUCUUUCGCAACCGUAUCGGACGAUUUGAAACACUCCCCUCCUGGAAUAUGGGCACAUCUCGAUCCUAUCCUCUUGCACAUCCGGCGGACCACUCCUGACAUCGAUAAAAUCCAUUUCGUCUCCGAUGGGCCUACCACACAAUACAGGUGUAAAUCAAAUUUCUACCUCUUUUCUACGAAAAUUUUCGAGUAUGGCUUUGUAAAUGGCGGAAGUUGGAAUUUUAUGGAGGCAGGACACGGCAAGGGCGCCCCUGAUGGUAUUGGAGCCGUAGUCAAGCGUGAGGCGGAUACACUCGUCAACACCCAUGAGACGGACAUAACGGGUGCUAGUGCUUUAAUGAGAGGUCUGGAGAAACUAGGAAGCCGUUUGAUGAUCUUCGAAGUGAAAAACGAUGACAUCACGCAACAGGAAGCUGCUAUUCCAACAAAGAUUACCGGCGUUCCAGAGACGAUGAAACUCCAUCAGGUGGGUUGUUGUCAAAGAAAGCGGGACAGUUCAGUCAAGAAUCCUGAGUUGUUUCUGUUCACCGGAUUGUUCAUGUUACCAACCGGUUACAACCAAUUUCAAUGUCCAGCCGUUUGCAAAUCCCGUACCGUUGGAUGACGACAGCAUCGUAGGUCCACAAAACGGGGCUGAUCUUCCUUGUCAGAUUCUCAAUGUACCAGUCAGUAUUGACGAGAGUCUAGUUGACAGCUAUUGUUUGGUCGAGUAUGAUAACAAACCAUAUCCAGGAAAGAUUACCGAAGUAGACGACAUCGGUGUGAAAGUUAGUGCAAUGCAUUGUGUCGGUAUCAAUCGAUAUUUCUGGCCUUUACAUAAGGACGAAUGCUGGUACGAAAAAGAUCGUAUCAUUACCAUGUUACCCUGUGAACCAGAGAAGUUGAGUGGCCGUCACCAGGCCCUACCUCUACCAAUAUGGGAGGCAGUGAAAGACAAAUAUGAUCUUUAAACAUUAUCCUUUGAUAUGAAAAUGUUUUUCGGGUUGUAUUUUUGUGUUGCAUGUACGUAAAAAUCGGGAUUAACAAUCAUUGAAUUCAUAUUCUGUUACGACUAUUGUGUCGAGUAUUAAUUGGUCAUUAUAUCAUAGUGUAUAAUGUGCCUAUUACAUACACAUGUAAUAGGCACAGUAUGCACUUUAAUUUAACGACCAAUUAAUACUUGACACAAUAGUCGUAACAGAAUAUGAAUUCAAUGAUAGUUAAUCCCGAUUUUUUGUGAUGAAUAUGCUCGAUUUAAUAAAGUUCCGAUUCCAUAUACAUUUAUAAUUGCGCUUUGUGCUUUUACUAUACUGUUUUAUUCCGAAAUUUUCUUUGUGUAACAAACAUAAAUAUCAUCCAUGUUUCUAUCAUUACCGCAACAGUUCGUCAUUUCCGUAACGCAAACUAUUUGUGAUGGAUUUAAUGAACAACGACGUUUAUAUAAGUCACUUCUUUAUGCAUUGUGCUAAAAACUAUUUAAAACAAAUACUAUCUGUCUAAAACUGGAAGCAUAACGUUCGUAAACUUAUCAAAACAGAAAAGUGUCGAUAUUUUUCGUUGCGGAAAUGAUGAUUAAAGAAAGAUAACUCUGAAAACUAUAUUUGAUAUGAAAAUAUUCUAUAUUUUCGCAACGGCAUGUUAAGGUUGACCAUACAAAUCAACACAACUUUCAAAUUUGCGGCAGACGCUUUGGAGUUUUUGAUAGGAGUAAACUGAAGGUUAGUUGCGGAAAUGACGUUGAGAUGACACUUGACUUAUUCAAAACGCUCUAUUAUGAAGAAAGGCACUUCUGAUGCACGGACAUAUAAAAAUAUCGAUUAAACAGAGACUAUUAAAUAAGACAAAUUAAUAUUGCAACACUGAAAUAACAUUCUUUAAUAAUCGUUUGCUAGAUCUUGAAUGGCAAAUUUUAUAGAAAUACCCA